AUGGUAGAUCUGUCAGAUGUGAAACUUCCGACAACACUUCUUCGAACGAUUAACUGUAAGCAGGCUGCCGUCAGAGCUGUUAGAUUUAACGUGGAUGGGAACUACUGCUUAUCGUGUGGUGCAGACAAAUCAGUGAAGUUAUGGAAUCCAUAUAAGGGAACGCUUUUAAAGACGUAUACAGGAACAGGAUGGGAGGUUUUAGAUGCUCAGGGUUCCAAUGAUAAUUCGAUGAUACUUGCUGGUGGCAUGGAUAAACAACUGACGGUGUUCGAUGUUGAAACCGGAAAAAUAAUACGACGGUGGAGAGGACACAAUGGUCAGGUUAACAGUGUGGCGUUCAAUGAAGAAUCGACGAUAGCAGUAUCUGCUUGCCAAGACGGCAUCGUACGUUGCUUCGAUAUUCGUGAUAAAAAUGCGCCCAUACAGCAGAUGGAUGAGGCCACAGAUGCUGUGUUAGCAGUUGAUGUUAGUUCGCAUGAGAUUGCGUCAGGUUCAGCUGACGGUAGUGCUCGAGUCUAUAGCAUUCGAGACGGAAAGUUAACUGAUGAUUUUCUCGGCGAUAGUGUUACAUCGUUGCAUUUCUCAGCGGACGGUCAGUGUUUACUUGCAUCUACCAAAGAUGGCUUCAUUCGACUGAUCGAUAAAAUGAAUGGACAGCUACUGGCGGACUACACAGGCCACGUAAAUACUGAAUAUCGGGUAGAAAGCUGUCUACUUUCAACUGAUGCACACGUUGUGAGCGGUUCCGAGGAUGCUCAUUUGUACAUAUGGAAUUUGAUUGAGAUGAAAAUACUGCAUAAGUUGCCGCAUCCAAAUUCCGUAGUGCAUUCGGUUAGUUCACAUCCAAAGAAGCCAGUUUUAUUAUCUUCAUCAGCAACAAAUAUGUUUCUAUGGGGCCUGCAAAAAGACGAUGAUUGUAUUUAA